AUGGAGGACGGGGAUUAUGAGGAUGAACUGGAUGAGUGUGGCUUUGGUUAUAAUGAUGAUUUUGAUGAUGAGGAGGCUCGUAUCAAUCUUCCCUCCAUCCGUGCUCCGAAUCUGCGAUUCCUCUUCUUAAGGUGUGUGACGCGCCCACACUGGCUGCACUGCAGCAGGACUACCCCACCCUGGCGCUCUACUGUGUGGUGGACCACUCCUUCUACUGGCACAGGAAGGGCCAGCCUAGUCUCCGCCUUUCCCGCCUCCAUCCCCGCAUCGCUCAUGUCUCGAAAAAUCACCGCCACCGCUUUGAGAUCCCCACCUGGUGCCUCCGCCGCGUCUGGCGCCGCAUCUGGCGCCGCACCCGGCGGCGCAGUUGCCGCGCGAUCCUCAGCGGGCAGCGCGGCAGCCAAUCCAGGCCUGCGGAGCGGCAGAGGUGGCAGGGGGAGGGCUGUGGCGGCUCGCGCGAGUGGCGGCGGUGGGGCGGGUGGGGGAGAAUCUGAGGCAGUGGGGGGAGCGGGGGGAGGCAUGGUGCUGGCCGCCGUGCUGGUGGCGUGCAUUGGCGCAUUCGCGUUCGGUUACCACAUCAGUAGCAGAACCCCUCAGCCUGCACACCGUUACUCGCCUCCCUCCCCAUGCCUCAUCGUCCCUUGUGCCCCUACCCCCUCCCGUUUCGCCGCCAGCCAGGCUGGGUGGCUGGGUGGUGAGUGCAUCGCUGCUCACAGCAGCGUGUGGGGCGCUCUCGGCCGGCUGGCUCGCGGACUCUGUGGGGCGGCGAACCACCUUCCUCCUGCUCUCGCUGCCCCUCGCACUCGGGAGUGCUCUCAGUGCCACAGCAUCAUCGGUGCCACAGAUGCUGGUGGGGCGUGCGCUCACAGGGCUGGCCUUUGGCGUCAUCUCCUGUGUUGUCCCCGUCUACAUCUCCGAGAUAGCGCCAGCAUCGGUGCGGGGUCGCCUGGGCUCGCUGAACCAGCUGGCCAUCUGUGUCGGCAUCCUCGCUGCUCUGCUUGCCGGCCUGCCCCUCGCUGCCAAUCCCGCCUG